AUGGUGGAAGAUCAGACAAAAUCGAUAGAAAAGUUCACCCUGAGCCCAGGACAGGUUCUCAAUAGGAAGGAAAUCUGGCACAAUAAGAGGGUCUUUUUUCUUACACCGCAAAUAAUGGUAAAUGAUCUUUCUCGUGGAACCUGUCCUGCUGCAGAAAUAAAGUGUCUUGUUAUUGAUGAAGCCCACAAAGCUCUUGGAAACCAUGCCUACUGCCAGGUUGUGAGAGAACUAUGCAAAUAUACAACCCAGUUUCGAGUCUUGGCUCUAAGUGCCACACCAGGCAGUGACACAAAGGCUGUACAGGAAGUUAUUUCCAACCUAUUGAUAGCACAGAUAGAGCUGUGUUCUGAAGAUUCCCCAGAUAUUCGGCCUUAUUCUCAUGCACGACAAAUUGAAAAAUGUGUUGUUCCACUUGGUAAAGAACUAUCAGAAAUUCAGAAUGCUUACAUCAGAAUUUUGGAAACGUUUGCUGGCCGCCUGAUUAAAAUUCGAGUUUUGGCCCAGCGUGAUAUUCCCAGCCUUACGAAGUACCAGAUAAUUAUAGCCAGAGAUCAAUUUAGGAAAAACCCUUCUUCCCACAAUGCGGGAAUACAACAGGGCAUCAUUGAAGGAGAUUUUGCUCUUUGCAUUAGUUUGUAUCAUGGUUAUGAGCUACUGCUGCAGAUGGGAACACGAUCCUUAUUUAUCUUCUUGUGUGGAAUUAUGGAUGGAUCAAAAGGCUUGACUCGCACCAGGAAUGAACUUAGCCGGAAUGAGGACUUCAUGAAACUAUAUCAGGAACUUGAAAACAUGUUUUCAGAUACAUCUGUAACUUCAGCAAAUGGAAAUCUUCUUUACAAUAGAACAGGGCCUAAAAAUAAAAUCAUCUACAGUCAUCCAAAAUUAAAGAAAUUAGAAGAAGUCGUUGUAGAACACUUCAAAUCCUGGAAGGGAUAUUCAGAUCAAAGCACAUCUGAUAGCAAAUCCAGUGAUACCAGAGUUAUGAUCUUUUCUUCAUUUCGGGACAGCGUCCAAGAAAUUGCUGAAAUUCUUUCUCAGCACCAUCCCAUUGUCAGAGUAAUGACCUUCGUUGGACACUCCACAGGAAAGAGCAUGAAGGGCUUUUCACAAAAAGAACAGCUUGAGGUGGUAAAACGCUUUCGUGAAGGUGGCUAUAAUACACUGGUAUCUACAUGUGUAGGAGAAGAAGGUUUAGAUAUUGGAGAAGUUGACCUUAUAGUCUGUUUUGAUGCUCAAAAAAGUCCAAUUCGUCUUGUGCAGCGAAUGGGUCGAACUGGGCGCAAGCGACAAGGCAGAAUCGUUGUCAUACUUGCAGAAGGACGGGAAGAACGGACUUACAAUCAAAGCCAGUCCAACAAAAAGAGCAUUUACAAAGCAAUCUCAGAAAACAAAAUGCUUCACUUUUAUCAGCAAAGCCCUCGUAUGAUUCCUGAAGGAAUAACCCCAAAGCUGCACAAAAUGUUUAUCACUCCUGCAAUAAGUGAACCAAAUAAUUCAAGAUCGCUUUCCAAAGAGAGAAGAUCCAGCUCCCUCCAUCAUAAAUCCGCCCUUUUUUCCAUGGGCUCAAGCACAAAGCAAACAGAUUCUCAUGAAAAUUGGUGCCUCACAUCAGAAGAAUUUGAAGAAUGGAGCCGCAUAUAUAAACUAAAAGAAAGCGAUGGAGUCAAAGAACCAAUAUUGCCUCAAAGUCACUUUGAAACUUUAGAAAAUAUGGAGGAAAUAGCAGCAUCUCAAGCGGAAGACGCUCAUAAACUUUCCCUAUCUGAGUGGAGACUUUGGCAGAAUCGUCCCUUUCCUACUCAUCUGGUUGAUCACUCGGCUCGUUGUUUCCAUUUUAUUGAUGUUAUGGAAAUGAUAGAACUGAUGAGACAUGAAGAGGGAGACUGUAGCUAUGAACUGGAAAUUCAACCUUAUUUAAAUAUGAACGAUAUUAAAACCUCAGAUGCUCAAAGGACUAAAUGUCUUUCCACCAGCAACUCCAAGGCUCAGAAGGGUUUUUCAUCCAGAAAAAACGUGGCACAAGUAUCAAAAGCAAAACUUGGUUCAUAUUCCUUAAGCGAGCUUGAUACAGAGUGUAUCUCACUGUUUAAAGCAACUAACUUCAAGAGCACUAAAAGAACAUCAGCAUUAAAUUUGGAAGUUCCUGUGCUGUGUACAGAAGUUAACAUUUCAGAUUCUUUUUCAACUGCAGAAGAUCCCACUUCUGCAUGUACUGGACAAAAAAGUCUACCAGAUGAUCAUGCAGAAAAUAUGACAUUUGGCUCAAAUAAAUGUAGUGCCCCAAUUGAUCUCAGUGGAAAUGCUACUAGUUGUGUAAGUGAAGUAGUAAAGGAAUAUAAAUCUGUAAAUAAAGCCUGUAGCUCACUAGAGAGAAACUGUGUAGAUUCUGGGUACAGCAGCCUCACAGAUGAGAAAUCUCCAGUUUCAUCUAGCUUGUUCUACCUACCAGAAUCAGAGUUGGAUUCAUUUGCACUCAAGCCUCCAACUGAGGACCCUUCAUUUAUAAAAAUAUUAACAAAUGUAAAAAGGCUUUUGUCGCAGUCUCCCCCACCUUUGAAUAAACUCGAUAAUUAUGAAGGAUUGGAGAGAACCAGAGAAGAUAAAAUCGAACAGACUGUUUCUUUUCAAAAAGUUAUUUCCAACACAUUCCUAGAGGGAUUGCAGGGCAAAACCUGUGACACUUUCACUGAGUUUCUGAACCCAUCACUUCCCCCUCAGAAAUGUUCGGAAUUAAAUGUCCCCAGUAAAUUGUGUUCCUCUCUAAGUAGUUGUCCUUCUGAACCGAGCUUCCUUUCUGAGGCUUUUGUUGGCAAGAUAAACAAUGGUCUAAGCUGGGGUGGCAUCUUCAGUUGUGACAGUGGUGAGCGCACAGAAAUUCAAAAGGAAAACCUAACAAUGGUAGAUCAUGUUCUGACAAAUAGUCCUUCAGACAGAAAUUCAGUUGAUGGGUAUAAAAAGGAUUCUGAAAAGUUCCAGAAAAAUAUGGCCACUGACCAAGAUGAGAGCGUAAAUUUAUUUGAAGAUGAACAUUUUUCUGAUGCUAACAAUGCAAGCCUUUCUAAGUACAAUUGCGAACAAUUUUUAGUGGCAUCAGUUUUGUGUGAUAAAGAUAUUGCACCAAGUGAUGGACAGAUUUCUGAACGGCAUAUUUCAGAUGAGUGCUUUGAUGCAAACCCCAGAGAAUCAUUAAUAAACUGUGGAACCAAAACUUUGAAAGUAUCUGAAGAUUUGGGCAUUGUCAACAAACCAUUUCUGGAUAAUGAAGAUCUUUAUGACUGUUCUCAGGAAUUGUUCUCUGUUAACUUUGAUCUGGGGUUUUCUAUCCAAGAGUCUGAGGAAGAAAUCUUAGAACAAACAGAUAUGCAUACUAGUAGUAUUCAUAAUUCCGAUGGUCUCUUGGGCAUUUGUGCAGAUGUUAAACCUUCUAGAGUUGAAACUGAGUUAUCCAACAGUAACUUGAGACAUACAUCUCCACCAAAACUGAAAGAUGAAAGCACUACAAGAACAAACUGUUCUACACCAUUGUCCUCACCAAAUCAGAACUCCACUCACGCAAAACUUACUGAAAACUAUAUCCCACUCAUUUCUCCUUUGAAGCAAGCAGAAGAAAAAGAACAUGGGUCAUAUGACUCGUUGGCUUCUACAUUUUCCACACCGAAAGGUAGAAAGGUUAUGAAUGUAAAAGUCCUCAAAAGAAUUUCUAUGAAUGCUUUUUCUAGAGUCAUGCAGGAAAUUCCCCAGGUGCUGCCUCCAAAAAAAGUUUUGCUAAAUUCAGCCUUUGAUACAGAAGACCUCCCCUCAGGAAAGACUGAAAACCUGGACCAUAGACAGCUGCAUGUUUCCCAGACGUUUCCUGUUGAAGUAGGAAGUAGCAGCGAAAGUGAAGAAGAGAUUGUUUUCCAAAGGAGACAUAAGAAAAAAGGAAACGUUUUGAAAUCUCCUGAUGUUCAGAAUAACAGUGAUUUUGAAUCACCAGUUCAUGCUGUCAAGAAGCGUAGGCAUCCAGUUAACACAUCAGAAUCCUCUAGUGAUGAGGGCAUAGAUUUUCACAAGAAAUCCAACAAGAAUGCACAUUGUGACAUGAGCCAUAACAGGAAACAACUAAAAGGUGUCAAAAGGCAAAAGAGUAAUGACUUUAUAUUCAAGAGUGCAGCCAGUUCAUCGGAUGAGAGUGAUUCAGAGAACGAGCUACAUUCCUCACUCAAUCAAUUCCUCAACGAUGAGACCCAGUUCACAGAGGUUUUAAAUGAUUCUGAGAUGGAAGGAGUUUACCUAAAAUCUGUCCGUAGCCCCGCAGUCGGCAACAGGUAUAAAAUGGUGCACAAAGGAUUCAAUAGCAUGGCAGUUUUCUCUCAGAUCCCUGAGCAAGACGAGGCUUACCUGGCAGACAGCUUCUGUGUGGAAGAGGCGGAAGAGGGAAGUCCCAGGCAAAGUGGUUCUAGUGAAGAAGAGGAAGUGUCUGUCCGUUUUGACCUGGUACAGGAUGAGCGCUCCGCCAGCGGGAGAAAACAGUACUGCACUCGCCGCAGAGUAGCUCUCCAUCAGGCCAAGAUGCAACAAAAUUGUGCGGCUCCUUUAACCAAGAAAAGAUCCCGAAUUGUUGUUCUCGACGAUUCAAGUGGGGAAGAAACAAAUGUCAGUAACCAGAGGCUGAUAAAAAACGCCUCUCCCAGGACAGACCACAGCCGUGCUCACUCACCCACGUCCGUGCUUUCCGACUCUCCUGGGGAGCCCAAAGCUCCUGGUGGAAACAGCCCUGUUCCUCAGCCCCUGCAGGGCAAGGGGCAGACACUCCUUAACCUGAAGGCUUCAGUGUCCGACGUGCUGGACUUCCAGCCAGAAGGGAGGGGCACUGGCAGGCGGCCAUCGCUGGCUGUUGCUGCACUGCCAGGGGAUGAGGAUUUUCAGGCCAGACUCCAGGUAGAAGGCUCUUCAAAUAACCUUUGUGCAGACGCUUCAAAUCCACGGUGCUCUGGCCCGGAGAGAAACGCCUCCUUGUGCAUUCUGGUCGACAGUCGUGAGAUCUCCUCCGGCUCAGAAAUAAUUUCCUGCCUAAAAGCGGAGCAUGGCGUGAAGGUGCAGGUAUGCUCGCUCGGCGGCUGUGACUACAUUGUGAGCACCCGCAUGGCAGUGGAGAGGAGAACCCAGUCAGAACUGCUGAACAGUCUGAACAGGACCAAAGUUAUACAACGGAUUCAGCAGCUGCAGAGCAUGUUCGAGAGGAUCUGCGUGAUUGUGGAGAAGGACAGGGUUAAAGCAGGAGAGACUUCGAGAUUGCUCCAAAGGACUAAGUACUAUGAUGGCCUGCUGGCCGCCUUCAUCCGGGCUGGAAUCCGCAUCCUUUUCAGCUCUUGCCAAGAGGAAUCGGCCAGCUUGUUGAAAGAUCUGGCUAUGGUGGAGCAGAGGAAGAACGUUGCUAUUCAAGUGCCAACAGAAGUGAGAGGGGCCAAAGAAGCAGCUCUCCGGUUCUAUCUGAGUAUUCCCAACAUCAGCCACUUAGCUGCCCUGCACAUGUGCCAUGGCUUUGAGUCUGUGAAGAAGAUGGCUAACAGCUCUCCGAGGGCCAUCGCCACCUGUGCCCGAGUGAGUCUGCAGAAGGCUGAGGAGAUCUACCGCUAUCUCCAUUCUGGCUUUGACUUGCAAGUGUUGCCUGAAAAACGUCCGGCCCAGAGGAGUAGCACGUAGCUGCAGCCACCGCCACCACGAGACAGAUGUCUGGACCCAAGAACCUGAGGCAAUUUCUUUUUAAACAAUGCACUUUACUACAGUCGCACAUGACACUGUAAACUAUGUAAAUAAAUCCUGGCACAAAA